AUGUUACAUAUCACGCUAGGACAAGCCAUUUGGGCCUCUGUCAGACCAAUCAUCAAGAUCUACCUGAUUAUUGGUGUGGGCUUCUUUUUAUGCAAGAUGAACAUCUUGACCGUCCAGGCCACAAGAUCCAUCUCUGAUAUCGUCCUAACGGUUCUUCUCCCUUGCUUAUCAUUCAAUAAAAUCGUAGCAAAUAUAGAAGAUAACGAUAUCAAGAAUGUGGGUAUCAUUUGUCUGUCGUCUGUUAUACUGUUCGCUACUGGGUUGGGGUUUGCCUUCAUUGUUCGCACUGUGCUACCUGUUCCUAAGAGAUGGCGUGGUGGUAUUCUUGCAGGUGGCAUGUUCCCCAAUAUCAGUGACCUGCCUAUUGCUUAUUUGCAGUCCAUGGACCAAGGGUUUAUCUUUACAGAAUCGGAGGGCGAGAAAGGUGUCGCCAACGUUAUCAUCUUCCUGGCCAUGUUUUUAAUCUGUGUUUUCAACCUAGGUGGAUUUAGACUAAUUGAAAAUGACUUCCAUUACAAGGGCGAUGACGACGAGGAAAAUACUCUGACUGAUCACGACUCCGCCCCGCCGUUAACACCACCCAAUGGGGGCAAUUCCUCUUCUUCAUCCAACCAAGAUAUUCUGAAAGAAGCAAACGAAUCCACCGUUCCAAAUAGUUCACAAGCAAGCUACAUUUCUGAGGAAAAGAAUAAGAAGGAAGGGAGUAAGGAAGAAAAAACAGAUAUUCCCGUUCCUAAGCCUACGCACACUGCUUCCCCGGCGGUGGGUGACAGAAGCUCACAUUCGUCCGCGGUGGUUUCCAUCGAUAGCAUUACGCAUUCGCUGCAUACAAACUACGUCGACACACAGUCCAUAGACCCCGCCUACAGAACGAUGAGUCAACCAGUAGCAUACACCACCGAGUCAAGGACAGCGCCUGUUCACAAUUACCGUAGAAACUCAGUCACGGGCUCCUUGCGUUCAGUGGAUAUGCGUGAACUACCUGCAGAAAGCAUGACCGACCUGAUCCGUGAGUAUUCAAACGUUGAUCAGUAUGGCAGGAGAAGGAAGAGUUCCAUCAGCUCUCAAAGACCACCCUCCGUCCUGCAGGCAGACAGCACAUUAUCCCUCAAUUUGACCAGGACCUCCACCUUGCAAAGAGUGAAAGCUUCCGAUCUAGCAAGAAUCAUCACUUCAGAUGCCACCGUCAGUAAGAAAGAUAUCGAGACUUCAGGAUCCUCUUUACCGAAAUGGUUACAAAAGUUCCCGUUGACUAAAUUUUUUGUGUUCUUUCUGAAAAAUUGCUUAAGGCCUUGUUCGAUGGCUGUCAUUCUGGCUUUGACUAUUGCUUUCAUCCCUUGGGUGAAAGCUUUAUUCGUUACCUCGAGCCAUACUCCAAAGAUCAAGCAAGCUCCUGAUAACGCACCUGCUUUAACAUUCAUUAUGGAUUUCACCGCUUAUGUCGGGGCGGCUUCCGUGCCAUUUGGUUUAAUCUUGUUAGGCGCCACCCUGGGCAGAUUGAAAAUUGGGAAAUUGUACCCCGGUUUCUGGAAGUCUGCUGUGGUAUUGGUCUUCCUUAGACAGUGCAUCAUGCCCAUAUUCGGUGUCUUGUGGUGUGACCGUCUAGUUAAGGCAGGAUGGUUAAAUUGGGAGGAUGACAAGAUGCUAUUGUUUGUGACUUCCAUUACUUGGAACUUACCAACAAUGACUACUCUAAUUUAUUUUACUGCAAGUUUCACCCCCGAAGACGAAACUGAGCCCAUUCAGAUGGAAUGUACCUCUUUCUUUUUGAUGCUUCAAUAUCCUUUGAUGGUCGUUAGUCUACCAUUCUUGGUCUCUUAUUUCUUAAAGGUUCAAAUGAAACUAUAA